AUGAUUUAUUCUGCUUGGAUCAAGCAACUACAGGCUUUCAUAAUAAUUGUAUUUACAUGGAUAAUUUCUGUUCAAACUGAGGUUCCGAGGCCGCGCGGCGUUUCUUUAUCUAAAGCGUCGUUAUAUUCACCGACUAAAGAUUUUACAUGUUUCGAUGGAACCAGUACUAUACCAUUCAGCUAUGUAAAUGAUGACUACUGUGAUUGUUUUGAUGGAAGUGACGAGCCGGGUACUUCAGCUUGUUUGAAUGGAGUAUUCCAUUGUACAAAUGCUGGGCAUCGGCCACAAAACAUUCCAAGUUCAAGAGUUAAUGAUGGGGUUUGUGACUGUUGUGAUGGUACAGAUGAGUACGCCACGCCUGAGACUUGCUCGAAUAAUUGUGAAGAACUAGGCAAGGAAGCCAGGGCUAAAGCUCAACAUUUAGCAGAAUUACACAAAGCUGGAAACUUUGUAAGACUAGAACUUAUUGAAAAAGGUAAUAAAAAACGUAGUGAAAUGGCUGAACAACUAUCCCAAUUAGAAAAGGAUAAAGCUGAAGCACAAAAAAUAAAAGAAGAAAAGGAAGCAUUGAAAAUUAAAUUAGAAACUAAAGAAAAUGAAGCUCUCCAAGUUUAUCGAGAUGCAGAAGAAAAAGAAAGACAAAGGAAAGCUCAAAUUGAGCGUGAACAGCAAGAGAAGGAGGCCACUGAACAGUUUAUAAAAUUGGAUUCUAAUAAUGAUGGCUCCUUAAAUGUUGAUGAAAUUAAAGUAGUAAAUGUAUUUGAUAAAAAUAAAGAUGGAGAAGUAGAUCAGGAUGAACUCCAAUAUUUCUUUGGAGAUAAAGAAAGUGUCAGUAAAGAAGAUUUUAUAACUACUACAUGGCCAUUGUUAAAACCUUUAUUGAUGAUGGAACAGGGGAUGUUCCGUCCUGCUGAAGCUGAAGAAGAUGCUGAGAAGCAUGAUGGAGUGCAUGAAGGAGAGGAAAGCCACAGAGUUGAAGAUACUGAAGAUUUAGAUCCUGAGGAUGAAAAUGUGGAUGGUGAUGUCGCACAAGAUGAAACAGAAGAUCUUGAUUUGGAAACAGAAGACACAAAAACAUAUGACGAUGAAACUAAAAGAUUAAUAGAUGAAGCAACUGAGGCACGCCGUCAAUUUACAGAUGCUGAACGCACAGUUAGGGAGAUUGAAUCAAAUAUAAGAAAUUUCCAAGAAAACUUAGAAAAGGAUUAUGGUUUACAGCAGGAGUAUGCCACUUUAGAUGGUGAAUGCUUUGAAUAUGAGGAUAAGGAGUAUGUUUACAGACUAUGCCUGUUCCAAAAAGUUACACAAAAAUCUAAGAAUGGUGGUAUGGAAGUUGGUCUAGGAAACUGGGGAGAAUGGGCUGGUGAAGAAGGUGAUAAGUAUUCAGUUAUGAAGUAUGCAAAUGGAAUAGCCUGCUGGAAUGGGCCGAACAGGAUGACUAUUGUCAAUAUUAACUGUGGUUUAGAAACAAAAAUUACUUCAGUUACAGAGCCGUUCCGAUGUGAAUAUAAAAUAGAUUUAGAUACACCAGCUGCAUGUGAUGAUUCAAAUUAUUCAAAACAACAGACAUCACAUGAUGAGCUG